AUGGCAUCCCACGCUGCCAUGCUUCUCGAUCCUCGAGCGUACAAAAAAAAGCUACAAAAGAAUGGAACAGGCCAGCAGGGGACCAGCAACCAGCAGCGCAGUCCCGCUCCUCCCAUCGCGCCGCCAGGAACUUCAUCUGUCGCCCACCGUUUACUGAGCCCGCAGCGCCCUCGAGCCGCACAGCGCCCCCACUCAAAUCCUCGAUCGCAGAACCCUUCCUCCGGCGGAUCGACUAGCACAACUUCCUCCCCACGGACUCAAGGCCAAAUGACACCCGAUAUCGAUUUUCAGUUUGCGAAUACCUCGGGCUUAGAGAUCGGCGACGGAAAGCGUAGCAUGGAUCUGAUUGAGGUGGAUGAUGACGUCGUCUUGAGACACAACAACCUCAUCGAGGAUAUGUACGGGGUUCAGCGACGGACCGGGAUACCCUAUAAGCGGUUGAAGGCGGACAACGAUACAACUCGGAAAACCUCUAUGGGACCAAUAUCGGGCAAUACUGGGCUUGGGGAGUACAUGAAGGAAGACGACGGGGAAAAGUCAAGUUCCACAGCAGUCACCCCGGAUGUUGUGGACCUGACACUUGACCCGACGGGAAGCAACGACGAUGACGACCUUCAGGUCACCGGCUCGAACAAUCUCAGCGUGCAGCGAGUGUGCUAUGGGAAACUAGAAAAUGCAAUGAUUCAGGCAACGCUGGUCCCUAAGCCAGAUCCGAAGACACAAUCUAUCUUCGGUGACUCCGCCCACGACUGGCCGUCAAUAAGGCUUGGAGUGCACCGACAGGCGGGCCAGGGAAAUAAUCGUAUCGAUGUUUCAGACCCGCAUGGGAAGAUGUUCGGUGCUGUUGAUGCGAAAACCGCUGCUGUGAUCGUGCCGCUCCUCGACUCGCCGGCAAUGAAGGUCGAUAUCACCGCUCGACUGGACGUGCGGAAAAAGAUGCCGUUCGAAGUCCCUUGGACCCCGUGUUCCGCACUUUACAGGGCGUCUAUAAAUCUGUACGGCCUUCGUCAAGAUGUUGAGCGAGUUGGCAACCACCUUGGGCAAAACAAUGUGUGGCUUGCAACGCCCUUCUCAGUAGAACAAGGAGUCCCUGUUUUCAACCCUCACGCCGAGAGACGUCGCCUUCAGCCGUCCUGGGCGCCAGCAGGGCUCCAGAGGAAUCGGCCUGCGCCGCAAUAUGAAGUCCGGUCCACCGAGGAGGUUACCGAUGCGGUUAUGAAAAUGUUUGAUCAGCUUCAAAGCGCCGACAAUCUUCCUGAAAUGGAGCCUCCUUCUCUUGUCUUGACGCCUCUACUCCGCCACCAAAAGCAGGCACUUUGGUUUAUGACGGAAAAAGAAAACCCGCGAAAGUUCGGACCCAAUGAGGAAGACAACAACUCUCUAUGGAGGGUGCAAUAUCGACCAAACGGAGCGCAGCAAUUUAGGGAGAUCAUCAGUGGUACAUUGAUGGACCAGGAGCCGCCCCAGAGCUUUGGCGGCCUUUUGGCGGACAUGAUGGGUCUCGGAAAGACAUUGAGUAUCCUGUCUUUGGUAGUUUCAUCACUUACCGCGGCGCGGCAAUGGGCAAGCAUGAUACCGCCUCCUGAGCUCGUUCGUGACCAACCAGGGAUUCGGAACACGAAGACAACUCUCAUGGUGGUGCCGCUGAGCACAGUCAACAAUUGGGUCACGCAGAUAAAGGAACAUCUACAAACCGAUGCGCUUUCGUACUACGUUUUCCACGGGUCCGCCAGGACCAAUAAUGUCGACGAACUGUCCAAGUACGACUUGGUUAUCACGACGUAUAGCAUCGUUCUGAGUGAGCUCCAGAGCCGCAGCUCGAAGCGAGCGGGUCUGAGCCCGUUGCUGAAGAUGAACAUGUUCCGCAUAGUCCUGGACGAAGCCCAUACAAUCCGGGAGCAAAAUGCAGCCCAGACCAAGGCAAUCUUUAGGCUUCAAUCGCAGCGACGCUGGUCUGUUACGGGAACGCCGAUACAAAACCGGCUCGACGACCUCUUUUCGGUCACCAAAUUCAUAGGCCUGUGCCCGUACGAUAACCGGAACCUAUUCAAUUUGCAUAUACUUAGCCGGUUCAAGACAGGUGACGCAUCCGUCCUUGCUAGUUUGCGCGUGCUGGUCGACUCAUUCACCCUCCGGCGGGUCAAGGACAAGAUCGACCUCCCCACGCGCCAUGAUAAGAUUAUAAUGCUAGAAUUUACCGAAUCCGAGCGCCAUCUGCACGAGUUUUUCCGCAAGGAAUCGAACGUUAUGAUGCGAGUUAUUGCGGGAGAGGACAAGAAUAAGAUGAAGGGUCGAAUGUAUCAUCACAUACUGAAGGCGAUGAUGAUUCUUCGGCAGAUCAGUGCACACGGCAAAGAGCUCUUGGACAACGAGGAGAGGGCACGAAUCAAGGGAAUGAGUGCGCAGGAUGCUAUUGAUCUUGAAGAGGGAGCCAGCGAGGGUGCGGGGGCAGCGGACAAGAAGGCAUAUGAGAUGUUCACUCUCAUGCAGGAGUCAUCCGCCGACACGUGUGCCGUUUGCAGCAAACGUCUAGAGGAACCUAAUGUGGAAACCAACGGAGCAGCGACUCCAAGCAAGUCAGCACCGAUUGCAAUCAUACUACCUUGCUUUGAUGUCUUAUGUCCGGACUGCUUUUCUGGCUCACGGCAAGAAUUUGAAAGGACUGGAUCCCACGAUAUCAAGUGCAGUGUCUGCGAUGGCUGGAUUCCCGCAUUGUACUCAACAAUUACGACAGCCGGCCUCCAGGACUACCUGAACCAACAAGCCUACUCUAAGCAAAGCCGCAAGCAGGCCAAAACACUCGGUGAAUAUGAAGGCCCACACACGAAGACGAGAGCCCUCAUUUCUCAUCUUCUGGACACAGCUGAAGAAAGCUCAAAGCUUCCGGCCGGCGAACCCCCGAUCAAAAGCGUGGUCUUCUCCGCAUGGACUUCCCACCUUGACCUUAUCGAAAUCGCGCUUCGAGACAACGGCCUGACGAGCUUCACCAGACUCGACGGAACCAUGACUCUAGCGGCACGGAACAAGGCCCUAGACAGCUUCCGCGAUGACAACAGCAUCACUAUUUUACUUGCAACUAUUGGUGCCGGCGGUGUAGGCCUCAAUCUCACGGCUGCAUCGCACGUCUAUAUCAUGGAGCCGCAGUAUAAUCCGGCUGCUGUGGCACAGGCCAUAGACCGAGUUCACCGUCUCGGACAGACUAGGGAGGUCACAACCGUGCAAUUCCUCAUGAAAGAAAGCAUUGAAGAGAAGAUCUUCGAGCUCGCAAAGAAGAAACAGCAGCUGGCUGAUAUGAGCCUGAGCCGGGGAAAGCUCGAUAAAGCAGAGGUGCAGGAGAAGAGGAUGCGGGAGUACCGCGGGUUAUUCAAGUGA